AUCGGUUGCUAUGGUUGCAGAUUAUGUUGCACACAUCCGGGCUGGCCGCGGCUCGUGCGCUCCUGUUUGUUUUUAACAUCCUUCUCUCCACAGGAGCGGAAUAACGCGUCCAGCGAUGAGCUCACCUCUCCAGUGAUCAUGGCCGAUGACAGCGAGUGGGUGCUGGAGAGCAUCGCGGGCUACCUGAGCAGCCCGGACUGGCUCAUCCCACUGGCCGACUUCAUGGAGAACAAAUGCUCAGUGUUUGAUGAUGAGGAUGAGAAUAAGCUGACGUACACGGAGAUCCAUCAGCAGUACAAGCAACUGGUGGAGCGGCUGCUGGAGAACUACAUGCAGGAGGUGGGCAUCAGUGAGCAGCAGUUUCUGCACGCCUGCUCCUCUUUCAGCAAGUCUAAGACUCUACAGGCUGUUUUCCAGCCAGUUCUCGCUACAGACGAUUUUCAGAUGUUUCGCUCUCUGAUGGUCCAGAAGAACAUGGAGCUUCAGCUGCAGGCUCUGCACGUCAUCAAAGAGAGAAACGGCGGGCUGCCCGAGUGCCUGACAGACGGCGCGGAUGUCAUGAGUGAACUCGAGCAGCAGGAAAUGAAGAUUCUUCAGGAGGUUCUCAGGAGGUCAAAGGAGGAGUAUGAUCUGGAGAUGGCGCACAGGAUACAGGAGAAAGAGGAGCAGGCCUCCACAUCCAGCAGUCUGUCUGAAACUCCUCUGUGUGAAUCUGUGAGCCAGCAAACCAAUAUCACCGUUUCAGACAGGCCGGUUUGAUUCACCCGCCCUGAGCCAUACUUAAAGGAGUCUGAUUCUGCAGCCGUCAGGAGUUCAGCUACAGCCACACCGUCAUGUAAAAGUAAAGCUCUUCCUGCAGUGAGGGCACCUGUCAAGGGUUCAGUGUGUGCCAACCACACGCCAAACCCAGAGAGCCAGAGAGAUGAGGACACACAGAGAGACGCCAGAGCUCUCGCUGAUGAGGAGGCGUUACAGCAGCGCUCUGAGUAUCUGAAGCAGCAGAGAGACAAACUCCAGGCCCUGAAGAGAGAUCAGACACAGAAGAGCCCGGCUGACGCUCUUCCUACGGCCCCGGAGCCCAAACCGUCUGCACAGGAAAUUUCUGUUGAAGAGAAGAAGAAGCUGCAGAAAAGAAAACACCUGGCAGAGAAACUCAAAGAAGAAGUCAUCAAGAAAUGAAGCUCAAAUCUGCGUCUCUGUGAUCGUAGAGCAGGAACGGACUAAAGCAGCAACACUUCAGCAGAGAGUUUUACUGCAGCAAAACGAAAGAAAGACGUGGAUAAAUACAAUUUUGUAUAUGGUUUAAUUUAUAUUUUUUUAUGUACCUGUAGUUCUGCCAACCUAACAUUAGACGGUGAUUUCGCAUUACUUUAUAUAAACACCGACAGCUGCGGCCCUGAGAGAUUCAUUGUCAUUCUGACGUGUCAGUAGCAGCGGUGAAUUGCACAGGUUAGAGAUGAUGGACACUCACACUGGACUUGUGUCGGACAUGUUGAACUUGAUGUUGACUAAUAAUAGAGAUGUGUGCUCGAAUCUCUUUGCAUGAUCAGUUUAUUGACACAGUGACUGCAGUGUUUGUACACCUGUCUGUCUGUCUGUCUGUCUGUUUCUGUUUGUUUGUUUCUGCAAUGUGUCAACAUUUUUACUUACUGAAUAAUUGUUAUGCAUUAUGGGACACUCACGUACUAUACAUAUUCUCACAUAUGCUCAUAUUUCACUAUGUAAUUUCAUGAAGUGUGGACAGAUGUUUUAUGAAAUUACUAAAUAAAGUACCAUUUUAGUCAUAAGAAAGAAAUGUGUUUUUAUAUGUACUAUAUACUGUGUGUGGGGGGGUAUGUAUGUGUAUUUAUGUUUUCAGUUCUAUUUUUGUGUGUGUGUUUUUUUUUUUUUUUUUUUUUUUUUUUGCUAGACUAGUUUAUGUAGGCUAUGAGUCAUUAUUGCAUUAAUGCAUUUUUAUCGCUGUUAUGGAGUAGAUUUGGAAUCUAACCAUUUUAAUGAACCACAGAACACUGUUUUAAUGGAAACUAUGUAGUAAAGUUUAAAAAAAACAAAUUUGAUUCUGGCUUGAGAAAGCCUGUCAGAGUUAGAAGAUUGAAUGUUUGAAGCCAGUUAUAAAAUGUCUUGUUUGAAGGUUUUCAGGCCAUGCAGACUAUUAGACAGCAAGACAGAUAGAGAGAUAGAGAUGGUAGUUUAACGGUAUGUCAAUUGAUGAUCAUGAUGAGCCACAUCAAAAUAUGGCGGUACAGUGUUUAACACUAUUGUGGUAGUGUGUGCCAGAGUCAGUCACGUUUCCACUGUCACUUCCAGGACCUCAUCUAUUAGUAGAAAUGCUCAUUCUUUCUAAAGAAAUGUGAAACAUAUUAGGAAUUUAUUAAUAUUUUUCUAAAUAUUUUCACAUAUGAAAUCCCUAAUGUAGUAUUUUGUGCAUUCCUGUUAUCAGAAAUAAACAUAAGCAUGCACAGCUGAAUACGUCCUAUAUGAGUGCUCUGUUUAG